GUUGCUGGGAGGGCAAGGGUGGGACUCGCGCGCCUUGCAGAUUCGUGCGCAUGAGCAGAGCGGCCUCCAAAGCGGAAGUGGAGCUGCGGCGGGGAGGUGGGGCAGGAGCGCGCUGAGGCUAAGCGAGCGGCUGACAUGGCGCACUUGGGGCGUCUCCUGGUUCCCUUGGCAGCCCUGGUCCUGUUGCUCUGGGCGGUCCCUGGGGCCCUGGGACGGCGGAGCAACGUGCGAGUUCUCACCGAUGAGAACUGGACCUCGUUGCUGGAAGGAGAGUGGAUGAUAGAAUUUUACGCUCCCUGGUGCCCUGCUUGUCAGAAUCUUCAGCCAGAAUGGGAAAGUUUUGCUGAGUGGGGAGAAGAUCUUGAGGUUAAAGUUGCAAAAGUGGAUGUCACAGAGCAGACAGGACUAAGUGGACGGUUUAUCAUAACUGCUCUCCCUUCUAUUUAUCAUUGUAAAGAUGGUGAAUUUAGGCGCUAUCUGGGCCCAAGGACUAAGAAGGACUUCAUAAACUUCAUAAGUGAGAAAGAAUGGAAGAAUGUUGAACCUAUAUCAUCAUGGUUUGGUCCAAGUUCUGUUCUGAUGACUACUAUGUCAGCACUUUUUCAGCUCUCUGUGUACAUCAGGACUAGCCACAGCUAUUUUGUUCAUGACCUUGGAAUACCAGCGUGGGGCUCAUACUUGGUUUUUGCUUUUGCCACAGUGCUCUCGGGCCUGCUGCUGGGACUCUGUAUGAUAUUUGUAGCAGAUUGCCUUUGCCCUUCAAAAAGACGCAAGCCACAGCAACAGUCUACAAAAAAACCAUCACCAGAAUUUUCUCAACCUUUGAAAAAAGUGGAGGAAGAACAAGAGGCUGAUGAAGAAGAUGUUUCAGAAGAGGAGACGGAAAAUAAAGAGGGAACAAGCAAAGACACUCCUCAGAGCAGCCUAAGACAGCGCUGUGUGGGCCCAUCAUCGGCCACAGACAAGUCCUAAAUUUUACAUAUAUCUUAAUAUUAUGAUUUUGACAAAACUGAGGGUUGGUGAUCAUUUCUGUUGCGAACUGAACUGUGACUUGCUGUAUAUACAGUUGAGGUUGACAUUAAUUUGGACACUUUCAUGCAGUUAAAAGCAGUUAGACAUAACAGUUUGAAAUAUGAUUUAAGACUAUUAUGAUGGUUUAAAGUUAUUUAAUUUCAGAAGAUCCUGGUGCCAAGCAGUAAGAUUUGUGUUUAUAUUUAAUAAUCUAUUUUGUGUGAGAUUUGAAACUGCCUUUCCCAAGAUUUGCAUUACUGGGGUAUUUAGGAAAAUUACCUUAGAGAGAAGGAUUUCUCAUUUCACAUCAUUUUUCUCAGUUUCACUGUGUGAAAAAAGGAUCAUAUCUCCCAUAAGUGGGAGCAUUGCCCAUUGUUCCAAGACAUGUAUUGCAUUGGUAACGCUGCGCUUAGAUAGAGUCCAAAAUUUUCUCAUAGAUUUUGGAUUAUACAGCUAACAAAACUACCUUACUUUAUAGCUUUCAUUUCUACACAUUACAUUCAGGAUAUGCUGCUGACUUAACAAGUUUUUAUAAGUCUAUGGCAUUGUAUUAAUUCUUAAGGCUGAUGCCUGUUUUAGUCUCUUGUCACUAUAUGAUUUUUGUUAUUUACCAUGUGUUAUAUUUUUAAGUUGAAAAAAAUUAACAGUAUCACUGUUGUGUUUACUGGGGGUAAACAGAACUUUUUUAUCCUUCUAAGUUGAAGUUUACUGAGAGAACCAUCAAAUGGAACUGUUUACUUGAAAAUGUACAAAAUUUGGCUAUACAUUCCAGAUUUUAAAUAUUAUUAUUGAAUGGUCUGAAGUUUUCUUUUCUCUUUUUAAUGUGAAAAUGAAAUUUUCUGAUUUUUAAAGUUUGAUGUGGAAAAGCUUUGGUAUUAUAUAUUUUGGAAAUUCAGAGCUUAAUUGAUGUAAAAUGAAGUCUGCAUUCUAUUCAAGAAAUAUCUACUGCUAUGUGUUUUUAGUGUAUCUCUGUCCUCCACAGGUUCUUGAUGAAUUUUAUAGUCAGGGUAUUGCUUUGUGUUUGAAAAUCGUAACACUGUUAUGUUUCAAAGAUAAAUUUCAUAUUGUAUUGUUGUUGACAGCUAAUACUGUGUGUCUCACAUGUGGAAACAAGAUCAGCAAGAUGGACUACAUGGAUCUCAUCUUAGAGUGGGAAGGGUCUAGUGGGGAUCGACUUGAUGUCUGCAAGGCAAAAGCAGACUAAAUUCCUGAUGCGUCAUCCAGCCUUGAUGGAGUACAUGGUGUCUGACUGCUCUCUUCCUUAUGCUCUCUGUGAAUUCCUUAGACUUGCAGUACUGUGAUGUACAACAGCUUCCUUUAGGCCUUGCCUUUAUAAUAUUAAAUGUUCUGCUGUCAGAGUUUGGAUAUGUAGUUUGUGAUGGCUUAGAAAAACAUUCGAAGCACAAAAUAAAUGUUUCUAAGCACUUCAGUGA